AUGACCACAGCGGUAUCUUCCAGCGCCGAGGCUGCUGUUUCGUCGCCGCCUCGGGGAAAGCUCUACGGCACCAUGUCGCGAUCCCAAUCUACCCGAUCUCGUCCAGCCUCUUCGCAGUCCAACAGCGCGCCUGCUCGUGCUGCCUCCCAGCAUCAUCACACAUCGUCUCAUCACUAUGCCUCGGGUAACGGAAAUGGAAACGGAAAUGGCUACGAUCCCGAUACCACGGGUCACCAUCGCCGCAGCUCCAGCCGAGAAGUCCGAUAUGCGCCUCCAUCAAACGCCGCGGACUCUUCGUCACGCCCGCAUCGGCACGGCAGCCAACGCUCUUCGCGACAGGCCUCCUCCCAAGUGCCUCCCCCACCGCAGCCACCAUCGGCUGAAAUGACGCAGCCGUCCGCUGGCGUGUCCAGUGCCCAGAACAACGGCAGCAGCCAUCACGCCCAACCCCAGGGAAAAACUGAGACCAAGCCGUCGGGGAGCUCGCGUCAAAGCAAGCCGCGCACCACAGUUCCCGCACCUUCGGGUAAAUGGAUCCUUGGCAAGGUCAUUGGUGCGGGCAGCAUGGGCAAAGUGCGUUUGGCAACUAAAGAAGACAGCAACGAAGUGGUCGCAUGCAAAAUCAUUCCAAGAGGCUCCACUGAUGAUGGCCAUCUUUCGCGCGCCGAGAAAGAGCGGGCAGACCAGUCCAAGGAAAUCAGAACUGCCAGAGAGGCGGCCAUCGUCACUCUCCUAGACCAUCCCUACAUAUGCGGCCUUCGUGAUGUCGUACGCACCAACCACCACUGGUACAUGCUGUUCGAAUAUGUCAACGGCGGCCAAAUGCUGGACUACAUCAUUGCGCAUGGCAAGUUGAAAGAAAAGCCGGCUCGCAAGUUCAGUCGCCAGAUCGCCAGUGCGCUGGACUACUGCCAUCGCAACAGUAUCGUCCACCGGGACCUCAAGAUCGAAAACAUCUUGAUCAGUAAAACAGGGGACAUUAAAAUCAUCGACUUCGGUUUGAGCAACCUGUUUUCCCCUCGCAGCCACUUAAAAACCUUCUGUGGUAGUCUGUACUUUGCCGCUCCCGAACUCCUGCAAGCCAGAGCCUACACUGGCCCAGAGGUCGACAUCUGGAGUUUUGGCAUCGUCCUGUACGUCCUUGUGUGUGGCAAGGUGCCAUUUGACGACCAGAGCAUCCCUGCUUUGCACUCCAAGAUUAAAAAGGGCUUAGUCGACUACCCUAACUGGCUGUCAGCUGCUCCGCUCGACCAGGCUGUAAUCAAUGACAUGACCGGCUUCAACUUUGGCGCUCCGACCUUGAUCAAGGACCAACUGACCCGCGUUAUCGACUCUGAGGAGUACCAGCGUAAUGUUCGACUACUUCAAAAGGAAAAGGAGCUCCUUCAGACACCCAAAGAUGCAGAGCGAAAGAGAGGCUUCAAUCUCGACUUCUAUAAGCGACGCAAUUCUGCCAACAGCCGAGAUGCCCUGACCACGCCCAGUGCUGAAGGACUGCCUCUUGGGAAUGACCCCCUGAAUGCCUUUAGCCCUCUGAUCUCUAUCUACUAUCUGGCCCGCGAGAAGAGAGAACGGGACCAGCUGGAACUCCAAGCUUCUAUGCCUCCAGCGAAGGAGAAGGUCUCCUCCGUUCCUGAGAUCGCACCGCCUCAGGAAGCACACGUCAACACCAACUCGUACGAAAUGCCAGGCGAGAAGACGACUGGCGGGCGAACACGGCCCCGCUCACGAACCCACGGGGAGGAUGAGAUUCAAGAAGCCAAGGGCAAAGCUGCUGCUGCUGCUGCCGGGACCGGAGUGCUACUAUCGCCGGCAUUGCCACCAGAGCCCCAUCUGGACGUGCCAAAGAAAGAAAGUGCGGCAGCCGGUAUUCUGCGUCGUUUCAGCACUCGACGGCGCCCGAAGGACGUUGAGCGGCUUGACAAAGACCGCUCACACCCCCCCGUUGUCCACGUUCACUCGCCAGCCGAGCAGAGCCAGCAAAGCCAACAGAGCAGCCAACAAAUUCCGACGAUACCUCGCAAGAGCUUCAGCAUCCGGCGCACCCGCCAAGACAAUGACGAAGUGUCUGUGCCCCGGUGGCGGUCUGGCAGCAGCCAACCGCAACACAGUGAUCUUCUCAGCCCACCAUUGUCUGCCAAUGACGUGGAUGGACACAAGAAGGGCCUUGACCGCUCGACCAGCGUUAGUUCAGCAGAGUACAGCCGGCGCCGGCCGAUAGGAGGGUCCGCUAGUAGAAUUGUGAAAGACAUGCCCCAGACCAGUGGGUCCGAUCACUCGGCCGCGAACGAAAGAGGCCAAGGCGAACAGCAGCAAGCCGGCCGUAUCGGCGGCCGCUCUGUGUCUCUACGGGCGAAGCCGCUCGGACAUGCUCGGAGAGAGAGCAUCCAGGCUCGGCGACUUCGCCUGGAAGAAGAGCGCAGUCGGGAAGCGAACGUCCCAGAAGAGGCAGACGCCGAUCUUGGCGAGCAAAGCGGAGUCUCCAAUGAGCGACUCACAGACUUUGACCUCGACAAGCCAGUGUAUCUCAAAGGACUGUUCAGUGUGUCGACCACGUCGACAAAACCUGUGCGCGAGAUUCGCGCAGACAUCAAGAGGGUGCUGAAGCAGCUAGGCGUGGACUACGUCGAAAUUAAGGGCGGCUUCAGUUGUCGCCACUCGCCAAGCAUCGAUCUCAACAAGGUUACUGAUGGGCCUAGCAGUCCACCGGCGAAUUCAGGUCACAGAGGGCGGUUUAGUUUCAGCGCUCUGCGGCCGGGUGAACGGGAACGUGUUGACGUUCGUGACAAUCUGGAGAGAGGCCCGACCACCCCGCGGACUCCCGGAAUGCCGGGCAGAAGUGCAGAGUACUCCAACUCGGAUGUCUCCGAUGAUAGUGAGCCCCGCGCGAUCCGCGGUGACUCGGGCAGGCGGGUCAUGGCCGCAGGCGAGACGACAACUCAUGUGCGCAGCGACAUGGGAGGCAACCUUGUCUUGGAGUUUGAGAUAUUCAUCGUCAAGGUCCCCAUGAUCUCUAUUCAUGGCAUCCAGUUCAAGCGGCUAAGCGGCAACACUUGGCAAUACAAGAGCAUGGCCGACCACAUUCUUCGCGAGCUGAGGCUAUAA